AUAAAAAUAUAAUUAGUUUUACAUUUCUCAAUUGACGGUGUAGAUGAGCUUACAUCCAAACGAGAAACGCACCAUUAGCCGUACGAUGGAACUACUUAAACCCUAGAGGAAAAACCUCAAUCGUCGCCAUCACUAGUGCUCUGUCAAUGGCUCGAGUCCUCAGAUGUCUGAGAAGAACAGUCUUCUCUAAUUCGUCACCUUCGAUUGCGUACCGGAACCCUAAAAUUGGUCUCCCCUCGAGUCACAAUCCUAAAUUUGCAAUCAGCCGGAGAUGUCUGAGCUCGGGGAGUUACGUGUCAGAGAUGCAGAAAUCAGCUUUCCAGGGAAACAUUUGCCGACUAAUCCGUAAUGAGAUUGACUACGAACUCGAUCACUCGCCUCCUCUUCAGCCUCCUAGCAGUUUUGGUCCAUUCACUGUUGAUGAACGGCCUGGAGAGCAGUGGAUUAGCUUGAAACGGAAAUUUGGAGAGAAAGAAGACAUCAAAAUUGAAGCAACCAUGUUUGAUAGAUCAGUUCCGACCUCAAAAUCUACCGGCACUGAACCUGAAUUUAUGCUUCACAUCACUUUCAUUGUCAACAUCUCUAAAGGUGGUGCUGGUGAAACCUUAGAGUUCAUGUGCUCUGCUUGGCCAGAUAACAUCGAGAUAUCCAAGCUGUGCAUUCGUAAAGGCAACAAGACUUCACCGUCUUCCUACGGUGGACCAGAGUUUGAGGAACUGGAUGAUGAACUUCAAGAUGCUCUUUAUCAGUUUUUAGACGAAAGAGGUAUAAGCGACGAGCUUGCAGUUUUCUUGCAUCGUUAUAUGAAGAACAAAGGUAAGUAUGAGUACGUUAGAUGGAUGGAGAGCGUUAAGUCUUAUGUCGAGCAGAAAUAGACAUCAGCAUGCAUUGAACAAUCCUUCUGCUUUCCCCAGUUUGAUUCCUCAGAAAUGCAGUGUGUAUUAGAGUAUGACUCUCUUUGGUUUGGAUAUGUUUAAAUAAAUUCAAUUGCAAAAUUUUGUUUGCUGGCUAGUUAGCUUGCAGAUUGUGUAAGAACUAGUCUAGUUACGAACAUGGACAGUCACAUAUACAAGAUAAUUUCAGCAAUACAUGUCAAAUGUUUGUGGUGUUUUCUUGUUUGCUUUAAGUUUGUAAAAUGAUGACUUCUUUAGGGUAAAUUUUCUUCCCA